CAAAAAUUUGAUUUCUUUAAGGAAAAUAAAAUUCAAAAAAUCAAUAGAAAGAAAGAAAAAGCCGAGAGAAAGUGCGAGAAAAUUUACGAAGGAUAGAAAAAAAAGAGGAGAGAAGAAGAAAUAGAAAGAAACAUCUCUUAUCGUCUGUGUUGAGUUCGAGUUUCGAAUCUUUUUGAGAAGGAAAAUUUUGGUUUAGUAAAUGAAAUAUGGUGGCUGAAGCAGAGGUUGUUUGUCAACAGAGCGUCCCUGUGUUGGAUGUUCAAUAUUUUGCUAAAGGAAACGAGAUUGAAGAUGUUGUUAACAUCUCGCCGAGAAGGUUAAAUCAAAUUCGUGUUUCGGAUUCGGUGCCUGCGGAUUUAUCUACCUGUCAAGUGGAUAUAAAAUCUGCUGAGAAAAUUCCAGAUGUGUCUUUUGAGCGUGCAAUCUUGCAAUUUGUCCCCAGCAUCCGUUCUGGCAGCUUUGCUGAUAUUGGGCCACGACGGUAUAUGGAAGAUGAGCACAUACGGAUAGAUGAUCUGUCAACACAACUGGGUUCCCUUUUCAAGUUCCCCAAGCCAAGUGCAUUUUAUGGGGUUUUUGAUGGUCAUGGAGGACCUGAAGCAGCAGCUUAUAUUAGGAAAAAUGCAAUCAGGCUCUUUUUUGAAGACGUUAAUUUUCCCCAAACAUAUGAACAUGAAGUUGACAAUAUCUUCUUGGAAGAGGUUGAGAACUCCCUUAGGAAAGCUUUUCUUCUGGCCGACCUAGCUUUGGCAGAUGACCACAGUGUGAACAGUUCUUCUGGGACAACUGCAAUUACUGCUUUUAUAUUUGGAAGGCAAUUACUGGUGGCUAAUGCUGGUGACUGUCGAGCGGUUCUAUGUCGUAAAGGAGAGGCAAUAGAUAUGUCUCAAGACCAUAGGCCUGUUUAUCCAUCGGAACGAAGGCGCGUUGAAGAAUUGGGAGGGUACAUUGAUGAUGGUUAUCUCAAUGGUGUUCUGUCAGUUUCUCGAGCCCUUGGGGAUUGGGACAUGAAAAACCCUAUAGGUGCUCCUUCGCCUCUCAUUGCAGAGCCAGAGUUCCAGCAGGUGGUUCUGACAGAGGAUGAUGAGUUUCUCAUAAUUGGUUGUGAUGGGAUUUGGGAUGUAAUGUCAAGUCAGCAUGCUGUCAGCCUUGUCCGUCGUGGAUUGCGGCGGCACGAUGAUCCAGAACAGUGUGCUAGAGACCUUGUCAUGGAGGCCUUGCGCCGAAACACAUUCGACAAUCUGACUGUGAUUGUUGUCUGCUUCUCUACCCUCGAUAAUCAGGAGCUAUCACCACCUAGACAAAGGAGACAGAGGUGUUGUAGCCUCUCUGCAGAGGCCUUGUGUAGCUUGAGGAACUUGUUGGACAGCAGUGCAAACCAUUGAAUGUAUGUGCAGAAUUGUUGAAUAAGGUUCCCUUUUUGGAAGGGGAAUAUCUGUUUCUGGCUGCUUCAGUUUUACGCUAGAAAAAGCAGCUAGCAUUUUUGUAGGUGCUGAUUUUUCAAACAGCACACCGUAAAUUGGAGGAAUGUACAUAUGUGGUGUGGGUGGAUUGCACUGGAUGAUGGCGAUGGUGCUGAAAUUAAAAUGUUGUACGAUAAUGUGUUCAUCGGGGAUCUGUUUAUUCUAACGGGCCAGUAUUGUUGUCCACAUUUGACUUUGCUUAUUGAUUAUGUAAUGAGCAUGUAUAUACAGUUUUCAAUACAAUGAUCUUGAUUUUUGUUUUCAUGAA